GCUCUUCUUCUUCUUCUUCAAUCAUCAAUGGCGAUGAACCCUAAGGAAGACGAAUGUUUCAAAGAGAAGGAUCGAAUCAGCCAGCUUCCAGAUACCAUCAUCCACGAGAUUCUCGGCUUCUUACCAAUCAGAUCCGCCGCUCGAACCAUCAUCCUUUCACACCGCUGGAAGAACGUAUUUUCCUCAAUCCCUGACCUCAAUUUCACAUCCAUAGAUUCUUCUACUCAAACAAGAAGAAUGCUACAUUACAAAGCAGAAUCACCCGAAGACAUAAAUUUCAUCAUUAACGUUCUAUUUCUCCGUGACAUGAAUCUCUGCAUCAGAACUUUAAAGUUGAAAUCUUUCCACUCCACGAUCUUCAACUGUCUAAUCAAAUAUCCAAAUUUCAUCGAUGUUCAAAACCUAGACAUGAUGGUAACUAUCCAAGAUGAUUUGUAUAUCCCGUGGGAUAUCAUCAAUUGUGGGUAUUUAAAGGUUUUAAGCUUAAAUAUCUUGUGUUUUAACUACAAACAUAUCCUACCGCUGCCCAUGAAUAUAGAUUUCAAAUUGCUCCAUACCUUGAACUUAUCUAAGUUGUCUUUCUUAAUUUUUUUCAAUGAUAGUCCAACAUUGUUAAACUUAUUCACUGAUUCCUUGUUUCCAUGUCUGAAUAAGUUGACAUUGGACUCAUGUUAUGGUGUCACAGAGCUUAACUUGAGAUGUAGUAUGCUGACAGAUUUGUUGAUAAAGGAUUGUUGUCUUCAAAAAUUGAAUAUUUAUGGAUUAAAUUUAGAGACAUUGAAGGUGGAAAGAUGUUUUGAUGACACUAUUGACAAGAAGGUUACAGUUGUUGCUCCUGUCAUCAAGCUGCUCAAAUGGAUUCUCUCGAUAAAUGAUGUUAAGUUUAUUUCAAAAGUUAAAUUUGAGAGUUUAAGAACACUUCAAAUUUGCAUUGAAUAUUAUCCAUUUAACAAUUACAACAACUUUUCGGAGAUUGCUAUCCUCUUCAAAAACUCUCCCUAUCUCGAGACUCUUAUAGUCACAAUCAACACAUUUUAUAAGGACGACACUAUAUUGUUUAGUGAUUCAAGCGAUUAUAAGGAUUGGCAAGAUCAAGGUCUGGAAAUGAAUUAUUCUCUUUAUCAUCUAAGAACGGUUAAGUUGGACAGGUUUUUAGAAUGUGACAAACACAUUGAUCUGGCAAAGUUCUUACUCAAGCAUGGAAAAGUUCUUGAAAACAUGAUUGUGUGUCUUGGACCAUUAGACAAUGACAUACAAUUGGUUUGUCAGAGAAGGAUUGAGUCUAUGUUGAUGGGAUUCUUUCGGGCAUCUUCUAAAGUUAAGAUUGUAUUUCAGUGAACUCUCUCAUUUCAAUUCUUUUUUUUUGCGUUUUAACAUUUAAAUCCAACUAUUUUACUUCAUAUUUAUUUACAUCAAUGAUAUCUUAUGACAAAAUAUACUGGAUAUGCUUAAAAUUAUACAUGAAG